CAGUCCAAACCGAUUCACAUCCGGAACCCGGUAGAGAACGGAAAUUAGUCCUGCUCGUUCCUGAAAACCGAACUCGAUCGAAAAAUCACAAAGAAUACGAGAAAAGCAAAAGAAAGAAAAGAUCUCGAGACGGAACAUACGAACUACUUCCGAGAACCGCGGGACUCGUGCCGGCUUAAAAAGGAGAUUAGAAAGUGGACAGUAGGCUUUUCAGAGGAUCAGGACAGUGUAUGUGGUAAUGUGUCGGUGAAAAGUUUGACGGGAAAGGAUCCAGAAGAAGCAGCAGGAGGAGAAAAAUACUCGAGUAGGAAGCAGAAUGACCAACAGCAUGAAGCAAACAGUUAUUAAAAAUCCAACAUGGUGGAAGAGGCGGUCGGCCUUAGAACGAGGAUUGACUGUGAUAGCAGUUUCCGGAGUCCUUUUGUGCAUUUCAUUAGCUGUUGCACUCGGAGUUCUGACAGCGAACACCGCGUCCUGUAAUGUGUCACACAGCAACGAUCCUGUUAACUCUGAAGGAUUACCGCUCACAGCCGGCGCCCUGAACGGAUAUCAACACACAAAAGAUAUUCAAAUCGUGGAGAGAGGCGAAGACUUGUGUUACACACCAGAAUGCGUUCACACGGCGUCCAGAAUAUUGAAGAACAUGGAUCCAGAGGUGGAGCCGUGCGACGACUUCUAUGAUUUCGCGUGUGGCGGCUUCCUGAAGACCAUUAAUAUUCCAGAUGACAAAACUAGUGUAAACACGUUCACCGAGAUCAGCGACAAGCUGCAAAAUCAAUUGAGAACCAGCAUCGAGGAGAAAAGCGCGCUAGACGAGCCAAAACCUUUCCUGCUCGCGAAAAAUUUGUACAAAGCUUGUAUGAACAAGACGGACAUCGAGAAACAAGGUCUAGAGCCUUUGAUGAAGAUUUUGCGGAAACUUGGUGGUUGGCCGAUACUAGAAGGCGAAAACUGGAACGAAAGCGAUUUUAAUUGGAAAGAAUCUGUGUACAAGUUCCGGAAAAUGGGAUACUCUGUCGAUUAUUUCAUCGAUUUCAGCGUCGGCGUUGAUCUAAAGAAUAGCACGAAACGGAUAAUUGAUCUCGAUCAAGCAUCUCUUGGCCUCUCACGAGAAUACUUGUCGAAAGGUUUUGAUGACAAAAUCGUGCAAGCAUACUACAGUUAUAUGGUGGAUAUCGCUGGAAUUCUCGGCGCUAAUAAAACUCUAGCGGAGACAGAAUUAAAGGAGUCAUUGGAAUUCGAGAUGAAUCUAGCAAACAUUUCCUUGCCGAACGAAAAACGUCGUAACGCCACCCUCCUCUACAACCCCAUGACUGUACAAGAAUUAUCGCAAAGAUACCGUAGUAUACCAUGGAAGGAAUACUUCAACACGCUUUUGGCGCCAAGUGUUCAGGUCGACGAUGACGAAGUCGUGAUAAUCAGCGUGCCGAGUUUCAUCAUGAACUUGGAGAAGCUGUUGGCGAUCACACCGAAAAGGGUCCAGGCGAAUUAUGUGAUGUGGAGGGCGGCUGCGUCGUCGGUGAGCUAUCUGACCGAGGAGAUUCGGAAGAGGCAGUUGCAGUAUUCGACGGCGUUAAGUGGAAAAACAGAAAGAGAGGCUCGAUGGAAAGAAUGUAUCGACACCGUGUCCGGUAGUUUAGCUAUUAGCGUCGGCGCCCUUUACGUUAGGAAGUACUUUAAAGAAGAUGCAAAGAAAAACGCUGUGGAGAUGGUGGCUGAUAUUAGAACUGAAUUCACAAAGAUAUUGAAGAAGGUCGAUUGGAUGGACGAUGAAACAAGAAAGAGCGCACUCGACAAAGCAGCCUCUAUGUCUAGUCACAUCGCGUACCCAGAUGAAUUGCUGGACGAUACAAAACUCGAAGAAUUUUACCAAAAUCUUGAACUGACGACCGACAAUUACUUGGAGGGUAUCUUAAACCUGACUCUUUUCGGAGUGGAGUAUUCAUUCGGAAAAUUGAGGAAGCCUGUAAACAAAACCGAUUGGAUAACACACGGAAGACCGGCGAUCGUAAACGCGUUCUAUUCGUCGAUCGAAAACAGUAUUCAAUUUCCCGCUGGCAUUCUGCAAGGUGCUUUCUUUAACAAUGAUCGACCGAAGUAUAUGAAUUAUGGUGCCAUUGGGUUCGUGAUUGGUCAUGAAAUAACGCACGGCUUUGACGAUCAGGGCAGACAAUUUGAUAAGGCAGGAAAUCUCGUCGAUUGGUGGGCACCACAGACUAAGGAAAAGUAUCUCGAAAGAGCGGAAUGUAUUAUUCACCAAUACGGGAACUACACCGUCGAAGAUGUCGGCUUGAAUCUAAACGGUAUAAAUACCCAAGGAGAAAACAUUGCUGACAACGGUGGCAUAAAAGAGGCCUACUUAGCGUACAAAGACUGGGUCAGACGAAACCAGGAGGAGCCAAGGUUACCAGGACUUCCCUAUACGCCAGAACAAUUGUUCUGGAUCAGUGCGGCAAACACAUGGUGCAGCAAGUACAGGCCGGAAGCGAUGAAGCUACGCAUCACCACUGGAUUCCAUAGUCCUGGAAAAUUCCGUGUCCUAGGACCGCUCUCAAACAUGGAAGAAUUCUCAAAGGACUUCAACUGUCCCCUCCGCACAAAAAUGAAUCCCGAGAAGAAGUGUGCGGUCUGGUAAAUCAAACACCAACGAAUAAUUAAGCGGUUGCUCAAGUUUAAGAAGCGGCUGACAUUGGUCAAACUUGUUCUUCGAUAUUUUGAAGAAAAUCGAUCCUGUUCGAUCGUAACUGUUAUGAAUAAGAUUGGCGUGGAUUUCGACAGAUCGUCGUAAAUUUUGAUUGUAUC